GUGCGGAAGCAUGGGAGCCUCACGAGGGAUGAGGAGAUCAAUGAAGCCUCCUGGGUAGCCGCGAGAGGAGCGGCGGUCGGAGCUGCAAAGUGGGGAGCUUUCUCGAUCUUAGCAGGCGCCGCUGGCUAUGCUUUCAGUCCAGUCUACAGAGGUUUGACCGUCCAAUUCAAGGUGUUUCUGCAGAUGUCUGUGAUGACGGCAGGAGCCAUCAUCGAAGCAGACAGGCGGCUCAUAGCCCACGAAGCCGUGAUGCGCACUAGGAAGAGGGUCGCUCGUGACGCAGCGAUAUGGAAACAGUACGAAGAAGACUAU